AUGUUAAAAGUUUUGAAUUCCAUUGACGUCAAUUUGUUGGACACACUUAGGCGGUAUUCAAAGCUCUAUGAAGAUGUACGAAAAGUGUUUGAAAAGUUGCUGGAAGAAAAUGUGAAUAAUAUCAAAGAAUUUAUUACAUCAUACAUAGAAUCGUAUCAGGAGUGUAUAAAUACAGCAAAUCCAGAUUUUAUCUCGGAAAUAUUAAAGUCCGACGAUACGAUUCAAGAAGAAAUUCUCGCAGCUGUAAACAUAAAGAAGCACGAAAGUGAUUAUAAACCAGAGCUAGUCUUGAACCCAACCGGGAGGCCGAUUUUUCGGAUACCCGAUAGAAUGGCCCAAACCAAUAGAUUAAAAACCGUUAGAACUCAUAUGUUGAAACAAUUAUUAUCCGGUCUGAAUAACCAGGAUAUUCCCCUGGAAUCGUCUGAACAAAUAAAAUUACACAAAUAUUUAAGUCAAUGUUAUUUUGAGUACAUCAGGAAAAUCGUGAGGGACUUUGUUCCUAAAAGAGUUGUUCACAAAAUGGUGAAUUCGUUUUUAAAAAACCUCGAUAAACGUUUAAACGAAGAAAUAUUUCAAACUUAUUUAAAAGAAAAUAAAAUUGGUGAAGUACUUAUAGAAGAUGAAAGUAUCAUAAAUGAUAGAAAAGAUGUUGAAAUCAAGUUGGAUGCUGUUGGAAAAGCAUUGAAAACUAUAGUUGAUAUUCGAAAUUGUUAA